GAGCCUGAUGAUUCUGACUGAUGGACGCGCUGAGCAGCUCACAAACGGAAAGACUGUUGUGGUGUCUAACGGUGCGUAGCAGCUCGUACACAACAAGCAUGUGGACAGACUGAGGUGUUGCUGUGAUACUACCAAUAGGCGGGACUGUGGCUCUGCAGUGUGAUUGCGAGCUGCACAGCUGGAACGUGAACAGGAGGCUGGCACGCGGGGCCGACCGCGACCAGAUGACUGAGCUCAGCUGCGUCCGCCGCUCCGGCACACACACAUCCACAACUGAGAGGACUUAUAGCGUGUUGUAGGGUUAAUGAGCCGUAGAAUUCCCGCUUAGCCUAAACGAGGGGAGCGCCAGCGUUAACUCCGAAGAAGGAUCGGAGUGUCUCUCUUCUGAUGAGUUCCUGCGGGUUUCGAUCGUUGCCGCCUCUCACCGCAGGACCUGGUGUUCCCACUUGGUAACCCUAACGGGCGUUUAAGAGUUCGGCGGAGCUGGUGAUGUAACGCUUUUCAUCUCGGCGCUCACUCCACAACUGAUAUCACUGUAGCCUCUCCUCUCAGAGCAUGGGGCCCUUCAAACUCUGAAGUGAGAGGCACGAGAGUCAAACCAGACAGAGGGAAACCAGGGGAAAGACAGAGAGGACAGGAGCGAUGGAGUCCAUAUUAUCGGAGCAGUCGGCCACAGUGGACGAGCUGGUGGAAGCGUGCAUCAAAGCCUUCGAUGAGAAGGGCACUUUGAAGGAUACUUCCUUGGUCCGCAUGUUCCUCAUGAUGCACCCAUGGUACAUCCCUUCAGCAGACAUGGCUAAGAAGCUGGUGCUCAAAUCUCAAGAGGAGAGCUGCACCGCUGAGCGCCGAACAAGAAUAUGCCACCUUGUUAAGUACUGGAUCUCUGAGUUUCCAGCAGAGUUCAAUCUGAACCCGGAGCUGGCAGACCAGAUCAAAGACUAUAAAGACCUCUUGACCACCGAGGGCAACGCGAGCCAGAGUCAGCUCAUUGACCUCGACAGUGUGCCGUCAUAUAAAUGGAAGCGGCAGGUGACUCAGCGUGUCCCAUCAGUGUCCAAAAAGAGGAAAAUGUCCCUGCUCUUCGACCACCUCGACUCCUGUGAACUGGCAGAACACCUGACCUACCUGGAGUACAAAUCCUUCUGCAAGAUCCUGUUUCAGGACUACCACAGCUUUGUGAUGCACGGCUGUACGGUGGAUAACCCCAUCCUGGAGCGGUUCAUCACACUCUUCAACAGCGUGUCCCAGUGGAUCCAGCUUAUGGUGCUCAGCAAGCCCACCGCCCAACAGAGAUCUGUCGUCAUCUCCCACUUCAUCAGAGUGGCACAGAAGCUGCUGCAGUUGCAGAACUUCAACACACUGAUGGCGGUGGUGGGCGGCCUCAGCAACAGCUCCAUCUCUCGCCUCAAAGACACGCAGGCCCACAUCAGCGCAGAGACCAACAAGGUUUUUAACAACCUUAUUGAACUGGUGACAUCAUGUGGGAACUACAGCCAAUACCGCAAGCGCUUCUCCGAGUGCUCUGGCUUCCGUUUCCCCAUUCUCGGCGUGCACCUGAAAGACCUGAUAGCCGUGCACGUGGCGCUUCCAGACUGGGCAGACAAAGAGAAGACACGGGUCAACCUGGCGAAGACCCAGCAGCUGUACGCCAUCCUUCAAGAGCUGGCGCUCAUUCAGACCACACCGCCUCACGUGGAUGCCAACACAGACCUGCUCAACUUGCUUACGGUAUCUCUGGACCAGUAUCAUACAGAGGAGGAGAUCUACCAGAUGUCUCUACAGAGAGAGCCACGAAAGCCAGUGCAGAACUCCAGCCCUGCCCCCGCGCCUGACCCCAAGCCCACGAUGAUCGAUGAGUGGGCUGUGUCGGUGAAGCCCAACGCCGACCCGACGAUCAUCAAGAAACACAUAGAGAAGAUGGUGGAGUCAGUCUUCAAGAACUUUGACACAGACGGCGACGGCCACAUCUCCAGAGAUGAAUUCGAAGCGAUCAGGAACAACUUCCCUUACCUCAGCAAGUUUGGAGAACUGGACAAGAACCAAGAUGGGAAGAUCAGCAGAGAGGAGAUGAUAGACUACUUUAUGAAAGCCAGCUCUCUGCUUAACUGCAAGAUGGGUUUCAUCCACACUUUCACUGAGACCACCUACGUCAAGCCCACGUUCUGUGAGCACUGCGCCGGCUUUAUAUGGGGCUUCUACAAGCAAGGCUACAAGUGUAAAGCCUGCGGGGUGAACUGUCACAAGGCCUGCCGGAGCCGCCUGGCUGUCGAGUGCAGGAAGAGGACCAAGAGCAUCAGCCAUGAGACGCCUCCGGCUCUCCAGGCCAGAUCCUUCAGCUUCCCUCCACCUGCCAACACCCCACCCAGCUUGCAGAACACAGUAAUUGCUGAAGAAGAUAUAGAAUCAGUGGAGGAAGGAGUGUUUGAUGUCCACCUAUAACCAGAAUCCCUCCUACGGUUGGUGUGCAAGAAGCCAAAUCAGCGACUGUUGGGGAGCCAGACACAGAAUGUGCUACAGUAUGUCAGUUUUACAGCCCUCUACACUGAGGAGAAAUUGCACUGAACACAAGCCAGGAUACCUACACAGUGCCACACAGUGGACACAUACUGCAACGGCAACUCCACUCCAGCUAACUCACAUGAAUGUGAUGACCAAUGUGAAUGGAACGUCUUUGUAUGAUUUCUAUGUAAAAUCUCUACAUUUUGAUUCCAUGUUGGUCCAAGUGUUCCUGUAAAAACUUACUAUGUAUUCUAAAAAAAAAUCCACAAAAUUGUAUUUUCUCGGUGGAAUGUUAAAGUCAGUGGAGUUUAUAAUUUGAGCACACUUUGCUGCAGAUUGGAAUGGCUGUCUACUUUUUCUUUAAAACAUAAUAGAGGUGCUGUUAUUUCCAAGAAUGUAAACCUGCCACCCAGACUAAGCUACUGUCUCCUUUACCUGAGAAACUCUGCUUUCUAUUGUUUAUCAUCUUGUUUUGAAAUACAUUUCAGUGGACCAAUUUUGAUGUCAGAUAAAAUAUUGUCGAUUUGUGGUGCCCCGUCUGAAGCGUGAUGAUAAAAGCAACCAUUUUGCAAACAAAAGAAAACAGCUGAAAUGACUGUGUGGACAGUUAUAAUUAGGAUGGUCUUUGAUCAGUGUUAUAUUUUUGUCAUGUUUUCCUGAAUAUCAGUAACUGUCCUAUAGUUAUUGCUGUUGUGAUGUUUUCAGUAUACAGUACUGUCUUGUCCCAGUGCACUGAUAGAUGAUCUAUCCUCUUGCAGUGCUGUGAAUGUAGCAGAAACGGUGAGACGCUGCUGUCAGAUGAAGAACCCAUCUUUUUCCAAUAAAUGCACUGACAGCAGAGAGCAGGGAACUGGCUAACUCCGCACUGGUUCCUCUAUUAGGUUUUGAAUGUUCUCUGAAGUUCUUAAACUAUUAGUUGAAAUACAAUAAUCAAAAGAAUAAUACCAAAAACUGGAGUAAUGAGGCUUCUCAUUUGACAGCAGCUAAUAAAAACAUUUCCCUGAGAAUCUGUUUUGAUGCAAGUUGUAUUUUGCUGUUUUUAUCCUGCAUGCUUCUCCCUUCUCGCCUCUAUUCUCCGGCCAGACUCCUCUCUUGCUGAGGAUUUCUUAUUUUUUAGUAGCAUGCCAAGUUAUCAUUUAUUUAGGAAACAUGAAGUCUUGAAAUUCCAGACAGAGUAAAUGUUUCUGCUCUGUGCCUGUACGGAGAUGAAUUCAAACUUCGAGUGCCAUAUUGUUAACUGCUGUUUUGUCAUUGAAUGAGACUCAUCACGUUGCUGGUAUUUAUUUUCCUGUAUAAAUAGCUAAAUAGCUGCCGGUCCCUCUGUGUCACUCCCUGCCUGACAAAGGAUGUUUGUUGUUAUUCUGUGAAUGAAUCUUUCAGACUGAUGUUACUGAUGCUACUCUUUGUGAUUCCCAGAUGAUUCUUCAGUAUUAAAUGCAGGCAUAUUUCUAAUAUGUGUUCUGGUUAAGAAUUUCUGUGACUAAUAAGAAUGAUACUGAAAAAAACAA